AAUGGACAUAGGAAACCGUUAUAUGCGUCCUGCUUUAUAACGUGCAUGGAUACGAGAUUCCGCGUAUUGAAGACCGUUUGCUAUACAAGUAGCACCUAGUACCUCUAUUAGGAUACCGUUCCUCAACAGUGGUCACAAACGCAAUGUUAGUUCUACUCGCCCUCCAGGCAUCUCUCCAAGUAACCCUCGCACUCCCUAAGGACAACACUCAAUCCCUAGGUUCUCUCCGCAUUCUCGACACAGGUGUAGGCCACCGCAGCACCCCUGUCCCACGAUGGCGCACCUCGCUACGCAACCUGACCACUCACGGCACAAACGCCAGCAUCCUCCAACAGUUCGGUCCUGAAUAUGCUCCAGGCUCGCCCGCUCUGCCCAUCGGUGCAGUGUCCCUCGCUUACUCGCCGUCCACGUCGUAUCUCUACGCCGCUACAGGUCAAGGAAUCAUCCGCACUGAUGUCGAUGGGUCGAACCCGAAACUUGUGAUUCCUGAGAAGCCAGGCCAGAUCGUGAGUGUGACAGUGGCGGAGAGGGAAGGCAAGUUAUACUAUGGUACAGAGUACGAAGGGUUGAUCAAAAGCGCGGAUCUAGAUGGUUCGAAUAUUGAGGUAGUGAGAAACAUAUCUCAGGGCAUCAACUGGGAUGGCAUGUCGUCCUUUAUGCCAGCGAAUGCUUACGCAGGUGGCAUUUUGGUGGAUGACGAGAAGGGUUGGUUAUAUUGGAGUGCGAGUCGAGCACUAUACGACGGAAGCGUGCUCAGAGCGCCACUGCAUUCUGAAGGCCAAGAACAAGUCUUGGCCGACGGCAUCGAUAUGCCUGGACAACUACGCCUCGUUGGUGAUGCGUUGUACUGGGCAGAAAAGGGGCGCUGGAGUUCCUCGCCUACAGCAAUCAAAUGGUUCGAUCUCUCGCAGCUCAGAAAACCCCAGCCACAGUCACAACCACCCUCGUUGACAUCCCCUCCCGUCGCAUUUACAACACAGACAGUCGUCCACUCUAACGAAAGCGCCGCCAUCUUCUUUGAACAAGACUACACGGGUGAUAAGCAGACGCUGGGUAUCCAAAGCUUUGUGGUCUACCGGGAUGGAGUAGAACAGAAGAUAUGGUUCGUGGCACAAAGCUCUGGUCGGACAAUGUUUGGGAAGUUGGUGGAGAUAACGUGGAGGGGGUCGGGAGAUGGGCGGAAGGCGGUUUUGGAGGUUUUGACCGGAGAUACAAAGGACGUUGGAGUGCCUGUUGGGUUAGAGUAUGUUAGUUAAGGGAGAUGGAACGGAACGGGACAGCUGCAACAGAUAGUUCCAUGAAGAACCGAUCCAGUGAAAAUGAUGAUACAGCCUUAUUC